AUGAGACUAUCUGGGUAUAUCCUUGAUCAGGUGACUUUUGUUGUUACCCACUUCAACGAUCCAAGGAUAUCAAGCGCAGAGUUGAGGGAUCUUCUUCUUCAAUCCAUUUCCGUCUUGGUACAAUACAAGGAAUUCUUGGUUGCUUUUGAGUGCAAUGAAGCAGCAGUUGAAUCAAUGCCGAAAGCAUUGUUAUCAGCAUUUGAUAACAGAUCCUGGAUCCCUGUAACGAAUAUACUAUUGCGUUUGUGCAAGGGUUUUGGCUUUGGUUCUUCAAAGCGUGGGGAAUCAUCGACAUCAUCAGUUGUUUUCCAGAAAUUGUUGCGGGAGGCUUGUGUCAAUGAUGAAGAAUUAUUUUCAGCUUUUCUCAAUCGCUUGUUCAACACCCUCAGCUGGGCAAUGACUGAAUUCUCAGUUUCGAUUCGAGAAAUGCAAGAAAAUUACAAGGUCAUGGAUUUUCAGCAGAGGAAAUGCAGUGUCAUAUUUGACCUCUCCUGCAAUCUCGUGAGGGUGCUAGAGUUUUGUACUCAUGAGAUACCUCAAGCAUUUUUGUCAGGGGCAGAUACAAACCUGCAUAGGCUCAUGGAAUUGAUUGUCUUCAUUCUAAAUUACUUAACUUCAGCAGCUGAUCCUGAGCUUUUCGACUUGUCACUUAGACGUCCUGGUCAAAAUCCAGAGAAAGUCAACAGAGGCAUGAUUUUAGCACCUCUUGCUGGUAUCAUUUUAAAUUUGUUGGAUGCUAGUACUAAGACAGACUGCGGGAAGCAGAAUGAUGUUGUGGGGGUGUUUGCUAGUAUGGACUGCCCCAAUACUGUUCUUUGUGGUUUUCAGUCUCUCUUAGAGUACAACUGGGCUGGAUCCUUCAGGGGAGAUACUUAUCUUGCAAAACUCAGGCAGCUAGAGGAAUUUUCAAACCUCCUGAUCUAUCGAGCUGAGUUGCGGGAGGUAGAGAGGACGAGACGUGGGGGAGAUACAGAUGGUGAUGACAGUGUUUGUUGCAUAUGUUAUGCGUGUGAAGCAGACAGCCAGUUUGUACCAUGUUCCCACAUAUCUUGCUUCGGCUGCAUAUCCAGGCAUCUCCUUAAUAGCCAGAGGUGUUUCUUUUGCAAUGCAACCGUUGUGGAAGUUGUUAGGACUGAUGCAACGACGAGUUAA